AUGACGUUCGCCUUCAGCCAAAAUGUCUCGGCGCAGCAGCUGGCUGACAUCCUUCCAAAUGGCGUGGCUAUUCUCGACCAUCGAUACCAACUGAUAUCCGUGAACCGCCGAUUUCGAGAGCUUAUCCCGUCUCCUACCACAAAAUUUUCUGAAUGUUGGUUGAAUUCGGUCCACAACGACGACUAUGAGCGGGUGGCCGCAGCGUAUCGGGAGACCGCAGAAUCCAAACAAAGGCUACGAAUCGAAUACCAUACUCGCGACCCCGACUCAAUGUGGUCUGUCAUGACGCUGGACCGGCUGGAAACACAAGAGGCCAAGCCUUUCGGGUCGGCGGAAGGUGGUCUGUUUAUCUGCACCAUCGCAGACAUCACCCCGGAGAAAAAGGCCGAACUCAUGCAGAGACAGGCUGCGCAGGAGGCACGAGAGCGCAAGAAACAACAAGAGAGAUUCAUCGACAUGAUCAGCCACGAGAUUCGGAAUCCAUUAUCUGCAAUCCUACACUGCACCGAGGACAUCCAAGAGGCUAUCUACAACAAGAAGCCCGAGCAAAUCUCGAUCUUGAACAUCACCGAGGCGGUUGAGACGAUCAGCCUAUGCAUCACACAUCAGAAAAAGAUUGUCAAUGAUGUUCUCACAUUCUCAAAGCUAGACGCAUCAAUGCUGUCCCUAUCUCCACGCAAGGUGCAACCCAAGCGACAUCUCACCACACCACUCACAAUGUUCCGACCCGAGCUUCGAAAGCAGCAAAUCCAGUUUGAAUACAUAGCCGACGUAUCUUACCACUCUUGCGGUAUCGACUGGGUUCUGGCCGACCUUGAUCGAAUGAGCCAGGUCUUAAUAAACAUUCUUUCCAACGCCAUCAAAUUCACCGCCAAAUCGGAAAGCCAACGGUUCAUUCGAGUCUCCAUGGGUGCCUCCAUAGAGCGUCCAACUUCAUACCCGCCGAAUGUUGUCUUCUUCGAAUCCAGCAAGUCAGCCCUCCGUAAGGAUGCCACCAACACCACUGAAUGGGGAGAGGGCGACGUGGCAUACAUGAUGGUCGCCGUCAAAGAUUCCGGCAUUGGGAUUACUGCCCAGGCCCAGAAACGGCUUUUCGAACGAUUCAACCAAGCAACCCCCAAAACAGAAAGUUUAUACGGUGGCUCCGGCCUUGGGUUAAAUGUUUGUAGGCAAUUGUGCCACUUGCAUGGGGGUGAGAUUGGUGUGAGCUCCCAAGAAGGCCAAGGAAGCACAUUUGGCUUCUUCUUCAAAGUGCGCCGAACAAAUCACACAAGCUCAGAUGGUCACGGAGGCCUUGAUAUCUCGGGCAUGGAUCGUCUAUGUCUUGACAUCCAAACACUCGGAAACGAAAUGCGCGGGAUCAAUGAGUCCACGGAAGACCCUGAGAUCUCGCCAAGCCCCCCAGAGGAUAACAUAUGGGAGGCAGAGCCAGGUGCCCCGAAAGACGAACGAACUAAAUGUACCUUCCGUAUAGCGCGUGAAGUUUCAGAUUCCCAAAUCAGAUCGAAGAAACCAAGCCCGUCUCGCCAUGGAAAGCAGCCUGACAAAAAUUCCGAAGAGCAGUCUGAAAAGCAGACCGGGAACGGUCAGCGUGUUUUGUUAGUCGAGGAUAACAUCAUCAAUCGACGCAUCAUAUCACGCAAGCUGGACGCACUUGGCUACAACAUAUCAGAGGCUAGUAACGGCAAAGAGGCUGUCAAUGCCCAUAAAGGUGGUCGUUUCGAUUGUAUCCUCAUGGAUCAGCAGAUGCCCGUCAUGGAUGGGAACCGCGCAGCAAAAGAGAUUCGCGAGAUUGAGAAAAGGAAAGGCGGCCAUGUUCCCAUUCUGGGCGUGACUGCAAAUGUCAGAGACGCUCAACGAGACGCCAUGAUCAGUGCUGGCAUGGAUGAUAUCAUCCACAAGCCUUACGGAACCCAGGAGCUGGUUGAAAAGAUCAAUAAGAUGAUACCGGAGACGAGAAAAUAA